UUAUCAUAAAUUUUUAUGUGGGCAUGUGGCAGUGUGAAGACUAUCCAUACCUGUCCACCCCAAACCUCCAAUAGUGGGGCUUCUUCUGCUUUGAGAUUGGGAAAAGUUGAUGGUUUGCCCUUAUCUAACAAGUUGCAUGCAUUUGUUGAAUAUGAAUCUAUUGAGCUGGCUGAGAGAGCAGUUGCUGAGCUGAAUGAUGAGGGAAACUGGAGGAGUGGCCUCUGGGUUCGCCUAAUGCAUAGACGCAUGUCUAAACCAUCCCAAGGACGAGGAAAGAAGGGACUUGAUGUUGAAGUUGGCUGUGAUGAGGAUUAUACUUCUGUGCCUGAGCCACAUGCAAGUGAGAAACAAUUAGAAGAUGCUUCCUUCCCUGAUACUCAGUUGCAUGAACAUGCUAUAUGCUGAGAAUAAUGGUUUUUUCAUUGCAUUUCACAGCAUAUGUCCGUGCCCUGUUCAGUUGUCAUACGAAAAAUUCUAACUGGUAGAUUGAGGGCAAAGUAGCAACUGGUAUUUAACUUUUCUAUGUUUAGGCCAUAAUUCCUUUAAAUUAAACAUGGAGAAGAUCAUGGUUAUGAAAAAGAGACUGGGCAAAGGAAAGGUCGAAGUCGGGGCCGAGGUAAGGGACGAGGUCGAGUGCAUUGUCAUCAGAAUAAUCGUGUGGGAACACCCCCUUCAAAUAAUACAAUUUUCACGGAUCGAGUAAUUGCCAAGCAACCACCAGGGCCCCGAAUGCCGGAUGGUACAAGAGGAUUUUGAAUGGGUAGGGGAAAGCCGGUAGCUGUUAAUAUAGCCUAAUUUGUUCGAUCAAUGCUGAUGCAAGUUUGUCGUUGUACUUGUAGCAAGUAUAUGUUGAUGCUGUAACAGUGUGAUUGUGACAGUACUAGUUUGGCUGGGGCAAUCUGAAACAAUCUUCUUAACGUGUUGUUUGUCUGUUAGAGACGAUGUGAACCGCCUAGAAAGUACAAAAGAAAUUUUAGGAUAGACUAAGGAGGGAGUCAGCUGUUAGGUGAAAAAAUGUGUGAAAAUGCAAGCAUGCAAUAUAAAGCUCGUUUGAUUGUGUGGAAAUAAAAUAUCUUAAGGCA